AAUCGGGACGCAGACGUCGCGGACACGUGGAUGAUAACCAAUAGGGAGACAACACGUAUUCACGCCCCUAUGUAUUAUCGCCGGUGACGGUUUCUUGCUUGAUUCUAUUGUUAAUUACUACCGAGAGCACCGAUCCAUAAUGGAUUACACGGUGCCUCUACUUUUUUCAAGCUUCGUAAUAGUCUUACUUCACAUAAAUUAUAUUCAAGCUAAAGGGACCCAACAUGUAACAUGCGGCUCUGUACUAAAGUUAAUGAAUGUAGAUUAUAAUGUAAGGUUACAUUCCCACGAAGUAAAGUAUGGUAGUGGCAGUGGACAACAAUCUGUAACAGGUACUAAUGCCAAAGAAGAUGGCAAUUCCUACUGGCUUGUCAAAGCUGAAUCAGGAAAGCAGUGUUUGCGAGGGAGGCCAAUUAAAUGUGGAGAUAUUAUCAGAUUGGAACACGUUGUGACAAAAAAGAAUCUUCACUCGCAUCUUGUUAGCUCACCCCUAACUGGAAAACAGGAGGUCUCCGCUUAUGGGGAUAACAAGGGAGAAGGUGAUACUGGCGAUAAUUGGAUGUUAAUAUGCCACACUGAUUUUUGGGAAAGAGAUGAUACAAUUAUGUUGAAGCACAUUGAUACUGAAAAGUACUUGGCUGUUAGUGGCAGAACUUAUGGUACUCCAAUUAGUGGCCAGACUGAAGUAGUAGGCGAAUAUUCUUCAAGCAGUCCUCAUACACAAUGGUCUGUGAUGGAAGGAUUGUUUAUUCAUCCUAAUGAUUUCAAAGCACAGCAUUAUCAACAUACAGAAUUAUAAGACAAUUUUUAUAACAGUAAUUUAAUUUAAUCUGCAAGAAUAUGUAUAUAUGUGUUGCAAAGAAUGCGUGAAUAAAUUUGGAGAAAGUGCAUCAUUA